AUGAAAUGUGAUUUUGACAUGUUAAGAGUUGCCCAAGUCACAGAUUUAUCUUCAAAAAUAUCUGAAAUUCUUGAACAGCAACCACACUCAAAACAAUGUUUACAAACAGAAUACGAACAAAUUGGUUUUCAUAUUGUUUGGAGGGCGUCAACCAAUUGCUUUGAGACAUGCGAUGAUUGGUUGAUAUUUUUAGCAGCUUUUAUGAAUGGAAAUUCUCUUUUUCCUCAAGUUCAUGAUCUCAAUUAA